AUGGUUUCAACAGUUUCUCCAGCAGAGUCUCUAGAAGAAAGAGUGAUGUACUGGAAUGCUCUCUUGAAGAACGAAGAAAUAGAGGAAGGCCUUGAGGACGCGCUCAUGGACGAUCUGCAGCUGGUCCUAGAGUCCCCCGAUGACGAGUACUCUCUUGCUCUGCUUGACAUACUGGUGCACUCGCUUCCUCUGGUAGAGUGCCCUUCUGUUGCUCUUGAUGCGAUACUGUCUCUUGUGUGCCUGGGCGGCUCUGUGGGUGUGCGCGCAUUCAAAGGCCUUAUUCUCCUGCACAGCGAGUACAGCGUAAACAUUGCGAAUAUAUACAGCCUGCUGUAUGAUCUGCUAACUAUUGACCUAUUUGCUACAGAGAGCGAUCUACUGGUGCUGCUAGUUAAUGAUCUGCUGUACAGCAGUAGCAUAUCUAUUAACGUGGUGCGGUCUUUCCUUAAGAGGCUGUCCUACAUUGCGAUUAGAGUGCACAUUACUACAGCAUACAAGAUACUUAACGUGAUAUCAGUCAUAUCCCACAAGCACAAGAACAGCAUGGUAAAGGUGCCCAAGCAGACAGCAAGCAGCAGCAAUGCCAAUAGUAGUAGUAGCAGCAUUAAGUCAAUCACGCAGUUAAUGAAUAACAACAAAAAUAACAGUAACAGUAGUAAUAGUGAGUUUAUUAGUGAUAAUAGGUCUAUAAGCAAUACUGGUGAUGCUAAUGCUGAUACCGCUGGGUCUAUCGAUGAGACUAGCAAUAACGAUUCUUAUGCUACACACAGUGUUAAUAAGAGUGAUAGGUCUACUGACUAUUAUCUUUAUGAGCUAGACCUAUUGAAAGAUCAUCCUAUACUUAGCACGUAUAUAAGAGAUAUUAAACAGAACAAGAUAGUAAAGAUAACAGAAGAGGAUAUAAAUAGAGGAGUGCUCAGUAUGCUACAGUAG